UCUCUCACACGCUCUUUUCUGAGCUCAGUUCCACCUGCCAGUUAUUGAGGAACACCGCCCGGAGCCACUUUCCAACACCGGCAGUCCUGCUAUGCGGAUUUAUUGGAGGCGAUAAGCGUGCCGUCCUGCGCGAGGCGUUUUGGACUAAUCGAUCGGUCGGAGAAUUUUGACAAAUCUUGAUUAUUUGCUUUUGAGUGCGUGCUCUCGUCACGAGAAGGGCUGAAGAAUGUCGCGCGACCCAGAGGAGGUGACUAAACUCACAGAGAGCACUUACAAGAAUGUUAUGGAACAGUUUAACCCGGGGCUGCGUAACCUCGUAAACCUGGGGAAGAGCUAUGAGAAAGCUGUUUCAGCCAUGGCCCUGGCUGGGAAGCAGUACUUUGAUGCUGUAUCGAAGAUCGGAGAGAACGCAGCCGUAUCUCCAGUGUCCAGAGAACUGGGGGUUGUUCUGAUGGAGAUCUCAGACGUCCACCGAAAAGUCAAUCUGGAGCUGGAAGAAAAUUUUAAACGCUUUCAUCGGGAGGUUAUAGCGGAGUUGGAGAAGAAAACGGACAUGGAUGUGAAAUACAUGACGGCCACGUUCAAGAGAUACCAGACAGAGCACAGAAUGAAGCAGGACUCGCUGGAGAGAUCACAGUCAGACCUGAAGAAACUCAGGAGGAAAAGUCAAGGGAAGAACGCCUCCAAGUACGAGAGCAAAGAGAACGAGUGUAUAGAGACUCUCACUCACCGUCAGAUGGACAUGCAGAAGUUCAUCGCUGACGGCUGUCGCGAGGCUCUGUUGGAGGAGAAGAGACGCUUCUGUUUCCUGGUGGACAAACACUGCAACUUCUCGAAUCAGCUGGGAGGUUUCCACGACAAGGCUCGAGAGAUUCUCAUGGAGAACAUUAACAGCUGGCAGGACAAAUGCACUGAUGCCUCUAAUGUUCCAGAGAGCAUCAUGUCCAUGAUCGAAGGUCUGCGCACUCCAGUGUCCAUCACUCCUCAGGCGUCUCCAGCUCUCCCGCGUCACAGCAGGAUCAACUCCGAAGCAAUGAUCCCACCUCCAGCGCCUCCUCAGACGAGUCCACUGGCCAACAUGUUCAAUCAAGACACCAGACAGCAGAGAGAGUCUGGACUACAGAGAACGGCUGGAACCGGACUACAGCCCUUCCCGGACUACAACAAUGAAGACAAUGGACUGUCCAGGUCUGUGUCGAUGGCCACUGGCCUCAAUCACGUCGACAAAAGACCUAAAGUGCGCACCAUAUUCCCCCACAAAUCUGGAAACAACGACACGCUGCUAAGCUUCGAGGAGAGUGAUAUCAUCACACUGCUGAUCCCGGAAGAGAGAGACGGCUGGCUGUACGGAGAACUGCAGAAGAACAAACUGCGGGGCUGGUUUCCAUCAUCUUACUGCCGUGCAUACACAGAGCCAGCGGUAAAUAACAGUUUUGCUAGCAAUCCUCCCAUGCGCAGUAAGAGUGUGGUGAACCUCAUUCAGCAGAACACAGACGACGACAUGAUGGCCCUGCCUCCGGCCGACUACAGCGACUCUCCCGUCAGGAGAAACUCCACCAAGAGUCUCAACCAAACAUACACAGCGGCAUAUGAGAAACCGGUGUCUCAGUCAAACGGGCUGCCGAAGCAUCCUGUUUUAGGGGGAGGAAAUCCAUUUGCUACAGUGAAACUCCGACCCACAGUGACCAAUGACAGAUCAGCUCCCAACAUCUGAUCAUCACCACAGACGGCCUUCAUGCAUUCACAGUGCAUAUUACAGUCAACUGGACGCCCUCAUACAUGCAUCUCUGCAGGGCUGGGACUGGACCACGUCUCCUCUGAGGAUGCUGUGUUUAUAAUGCACACAUGCACCAUAUACUGUUGAACCACUUUAUUUAUGUUUCUUGCUUUUAGAGCUAGGCCUUUCUCUCUAUAUAUGUGUGUGUGUGCGAGAAAAUGUGUACAUAGAGAUGAAAUCAAUUGUGAGGAUCGCUAGAGUCAGAUGUUCCACUUCCAGUUGUUGGAGGUAUCAUUGGGUAAAUAGUAGGAGAGUGAAUGUGGUCUUAAAGGGAUAGUUCAUCCAAAAAACAUCUCAUCAUUUACUCACAAAUGUCCAAAAUAAUGUCCCGACAGUUUUUAUCCCAUACAGUGAAAGUGAAUGGUGACUUUAGAUGUUCCUAGUCCCCAUCCACUUUCAUCGUGUGGGGAAAAAUCUGUAUGGUGUUACAUCAAAGGGUUGGAACGAUGUGAGGAUGAAGAGAGUUUUGGGUGAGCUAGCCUUUUUUAUUUUUUUUAAUCAUUGUCAAGAGCUUGUACACGACUAGAUGGGAAUCUACAGAAAAUUCCUGAUGAUAGUGAUGUGAACUGAAAUCCCGACAUGAGUUCUGAUGGAAAAUGAUGCUUAUGGUGUAUGCUGUCUGAAUAUUAAUCCGGACACUACUCUUUAAACUCUUCGUGAACUUGGGCUUGGCUUGAGCCGAUGGAUAUGUGAGAACGUUGAAGUAUUUGGAAGUGAAUUAAAGCGCUAUGAUCCAGAUAUAAUGUAAAGCUUGGGAACAGUAAGUAGAAAAGCACAGCCAUGUUUUGAGUAAUGCCGUUUACUAGAGUUAGCUGGCUAACUCGGUCAGCUGGCCCUCACUAAUACAAGUUUUGCUUCCAAAGAGUUUUUAGCUGAAAUUGUCUUUUAGCAAGUGAUCAAAUUCUUUUAGAAAAAAAACUGCUUUUAUCAAGUUUGUCUCAAAACUGAGUUGAUUGUUGGUUAAUGGACAGCGGUUUAUUUCUCUUAAUGCUUCGGGGAAACUGUUAUUUGGCUUUGAUUGUAGCAAUGCACCUUCCUGUUGAUAUUGACCUAAUCUUCUACAUCACUGCUGUAUAAAAAUAAAAAAUAUUUUAUGUCUAA